UCUCCCUGUCCCGGCCCAACUCCCCGCAAGCCCGAAAGAUGCCGCUUCCCCGCGUAUCGCUCCGCCUCCUGCCGCCGCCGCCGCCGCCGCACGCCGGCGCGGCCGUCGUCCACCGUCUCCUUCGCGGCCUCUGCACAACGGAAGCGCCUCCCUCCCCCCUCUCCCCGUCCGAGCUCGACACCAUCUCCGCGCUCAUCCCGCGGCUCAUCUCCGAGGGCCAGGUCCCCGCCGCCGGCCGCCUCCUCUCCGCGGCGCUCCUCCUGCCGGGCUCCCCGGAGCGCCUCCCGUUCCCCCCGCUCGCCGAGCACCUCGCCUCCCUGCCCACCCUCACCCCGGCCUUCGCCCUACUCACCGCGCUCCGCCACCACCCCGUCCGCCCCUCGCCGCUCCCGCUCGCCACCCCGCUCCUCGGCCACCUCCUCGCGAUGCGCCGCGCCCGCGAGGCCGCCUCCGUGCUCCGCUGGCUCUGCCGCCCCGACUCCCCGCGCCGGCCCGACGCCGCCACCUACGGCAUCGCCGUCGCCGGGUUCUGCAGGCUCGGGGACCCCAAGAGCGCGCUCGUCGCCCUCGGCGAGAUGGCCUCCGACGGGGUUCCGCCCUCGCGGGAGCUGCAGGAGGCGGUGCGGGACGCGAUGCUGCAGGACGCGAGGGUCGAGGAGGCGUGGGCGCUGGAGGAGGCUAUGCGGCUGCCGGAGCCCAAGAAGACGGUGGAGAUGGUCGACAAGCUUCUUGGAGCGUGGGAAGACUGACUGGCUGACUGACCACCGAGCCAUUUUGGUGCUUCGCUGCUCUGGAUCAUGCAAAAGGCAGCCUGCAAACUCUUGUCUAGAAGAAGCUAUCAUGAGGUCUGGGUGUAAGAGCAAUGUGCAGCAAGUUGUCGAUGGAAGGACUGACAGCACCAAAGACGAGCUGAGUGACAGAUGAUGGGUUUGCUGCUUUGGAAUUUGGCCGUGAAAUGUCUCACGUUGUAAGUUGUUAUGCAUAUGUUCACCUUCGUGAUAAUUAUGGUUUCAUGAGCAAUGGCACAAGUUUUGUAUGGUGAGAUAGCUUGGUUGCUUGUGAGUUUCUGUUUACAUACUUCACUAUACUUUGCUUCUUGUGAAACUGGCAAUCUGAUUGUAGGUUAUCUCAUAUUUACGUCAAUGUAAAAAAUGACAUUGGUUCUUCA